GAGCGUGGGCGGAGUGGCCUGUUGGCAGUCAAGGGGAGAAUCAGCUGUACCACUUUGCGAACUACAACUUCACUCUUGUGGCGACGGUGUCCAUCGAUGGUGUGCCGAAGGAGGGUAAUAUUCCAGUGAUGGGUGCGAUAUUGAAGGAUGCAGAGAAUCCAGUACUCCUGGGACUGUCGUACAACAAUAAAGAGAAAAAGUGGACAUUAUUGUGUGGUGACGGAAAGGUGAUUAAGGAGCACAGCAGUACUUGGGAGACACGGACGGAUAGUACACAGUACCGAGUGGCCAUUGUGCUGCAGAACGGCACUCAGGGCUCCGCGUACGUCGAUGGUAGGCGUGUGGGUGAGCCAUGUAAAUUGGAAGGUAAGGAAGAUAGAAAGAUCUCCCACUUCUACAUUGGAGGGGAUGGAGUCAAUGCAGGGAACACAGAGAGCCAAGGAGGCGUGUCUGUGACUGUGACGAACGUCCUGCUGUACAACCGCCCGUUGAGUUCGGAAGAGAUUACUGCCCUUAACACAAAACUUUCUAUUCCAAAAGCAAGAGACGAAAAAGCAGUGAAGGAGGUUACUCCUCCACCAGAGGCAAGUGAACCAGUUACACUGGAAACCGGAACUUUGUCUAUUCUUGGCGAGCAACAGCAGAACAAACAGGAUCCGUUGAGGAAAAGUGAAAAUGCGGGCAGUGGUGGUUUAUUCGCGUCAGGGCUACCUACUGCUACGACUUCCCCAGCAGCCAAAGAGUCCGAAAAACAGUCAGCGUCGGGAGCAUCUCCCAGUGGAAACAAAAAUGUGGAUGGUACUUCCUCGUCUGACGCCGACCCAACGGUGGUAACAGGGAGUGGAGAUAAGAUUCAGGGAGAUGGAUCACCCCAAACUCCUGAGGUGAGCGUGAGCUCUGGUGCGGAUGGGGAGACGACGGGAAGAACGGAUGCGCAGGGAGAGGAGGGAAUCCAUCCACAGGCCGGGGAAGUAAAGUCUGCGGCACUCAGCAGCAGCCUCGGAAAUUUGUCGCAGGGGAAUAACAGCGAUGCGUGUACUGUGCGUGAGAGGAGGGUGCUGCAGCUGCCAUCGCUUCUUCUGUUGGGACUGUGGGGGUUUGCGACUCAGUGA